GAGACUCACAAGGAAAGAGAAGGAGGGAAAGAUCCUUCCUCCUGUUUGUUUUAGGGAUCACUAGCUGGAAGAAAGGAGAGGAGGGCAUUGAGCGCACAGAGCUGGAUCCAGGGGCAGCAGGCAGAGCACAGAGCUGGAUCCAGGGGCAGCAGUGAGAGCACAGAGCUGGAUCUAGGGGCAGCAGGCAGAGCACAGAGCUGGAUCCAGGGGCAGCAGUGAGAGCACAGAGCUGGAUCUAGGGGCAGCAGUGAGAGCACAGAGCUGGAUCUAGGGGCAGCAGGCAGAACACAGAGCUGGAUCCAGGGGCAGCAGUGAGAGCACAGAGCUGGAUCCAGGGGCAGCAGGCAGAGCACAGAGCUGGAUCUAGGGGCCACACACUGCAUGGACUGACCCCCCGUCUCCCAUCACCCACCAGCCCUGCUCAGGAUGCCCUGUCCUGUGUGGCUAAUACUAGCCCUGCUGCUCGCCCCUGGCUCAGGUAGGCCCAGUAGGGCUUCCUCUCCGGCCCCCUGCCCGGUGCCCUGCCGCUGUGACUGGGAAGGAGGGGUGGAUUGCUCGGGGAGAGGACUGAUCGCAGUGCCGGAGGGAGUCAGCGCCUUCACCCAUUCCCUGGAUAUCAGCAUGAACAACAUUACCAAGCUGCCAGAAGGUGCUUUUAAAGGUUUUUCUGAUCUGGAAGAGUUGCGACUGGCGGGCAACGACCUCUCUUUCAUCCAUCCCAUGGCCUUGUCUGGCCUGAAAGAACUCAAAGUUCUGACGCUCCAAAAUAAUCAGCUGAAGACAGUCCCCAGUGAAGCUAUGAAGGGACUGACUGCUUUGCAGUCACUACGGUUAGAUGCAAACCACAUUGUCACUGUUCCAGAUGACAGUUUCGAAGGUCUACUACAACUUCGACAUCUUUGGCUGGAUGACAACAACUUGACCGAAGUCCCAAUUCGCCCACUCGGCAACCUUCCGUCUCUUCAAGCGUUGACACUGGCGCUCAACAAAAUCACCCAUAUCCCAGAUUUUGCCUUUUCAAACCUUUCAAGUCUUGUUGUUUUACAUCUUCAUAACAACAAAUUAAAAACCCUUGGACAAUACAGUUUUGAUGGUUUAGAUAACUUGGAAGCGCUGGAUCUGAAUUAUAACAACCUUGUUGAUUUCCCUGAUGCCAUCAAAUCACUGCACAAUUUAAAGGAGCUGGGCUUCCACAGUAAUUCCAUUUCUACGAUCCCUGAUGGGGCGUUUGUGAAUAACCCUUUGUUAAAAACAAUACACUUGUACGAUAAUCCCUUGUCUUUUGUUGGGAAUUCGGCAUUUCAGAACUUAUCAGACCUCCACUUCUUGGUUAUCAGAGGAGCAACUAAUGUUCAGUGGUUUCCCAAUCUUACAGGAACUGUUAACCUAGAAAGUCUGACCUUGACCGGCACAAAGAUAAAGAGUAUUCCACCAAGAUUUUGUCAAGAGCAGAAGAUACUUCGAACUCUGGACCUGUCCUACAAUGAGAUCACAGACCUAUCUGGCUUUGAAGGUUGCAGUGCCCUAGAGGAAGUUUAUCUACAGCACAAUCAAAUAAAAGAAGUUCUGAACAAGUCUUUGCAAGGCCUUACAUCUUUACGUAUACUGGACCUGAGCAGAAACCUAAUCCAGACGAUUCACAAUGAAGCAUUUACCACACUCUCUUCACUAAGUAAUCUAGAUCUUUGUUUUAAUGACUUGACAUCAUUUCCAACUGAAGGACUUCAAGGCUUAAACCAGCUGAAACUCACAGGAAACCCAAGGCUAAAAGAGUCAUUUGCAGCUAAGGACCUAUUGAAACUCCGGUCGGUAUCUGUUCCAUAUGCUUAUCAGUGCUGUGCAUUUUCUGGUUGUGAUUCUUACUUGACCUCUACCAUUGAGGAUGACAGCUCUAAGUACCAGAAACUUCUAUCAGAGCACGAGAAAGGCACCAUAGAUUCAGAUUAUAUGAACACAGAAGAAGAUAAAGAACAUGUUCAAACCGUAGUCCACUGUAAUCCCUCUACAGGUGCCUUUAAACCAUGUGAAUAUCUUCUUGGCAGCUGGAUGAUCAGACUUACGGUGUGGUUCAUCUUUCUUCUUGCAGUGAUCUUCAAUCUAAUCGUUAUUCUAACCAUGUUUGUUUCUUGUUCUCCACCAUCCUCAUCCAAGAUUUUUGUUGGCCUGAUUGCAGUCUCCAACCUGUUCAUGGGUGUGUACACUGGCACUCUAACCAUACUGGACACCGUGUCUUGGGGAAAGUUUGCAGAGUUUGGAAUAUGGUGGGAGACUGGCAGCGGAUGUAAAAUGGCUGGUUUCCUUGCCAUUUUUUCUUCUGAGAGUGCAAUCUUCUUCCUGACCUUGGCAGCCAUUGAACGGAGUUUAUCUGCCAAAGAUAUCAUCAAGAAAGAGAAAAGCAAACAUUUAAAGAAAUUUCAGAUUGCUUCCGUUUUCGCUUUCCUGCUAGCUAUAGCAGCAGGAUGUUUACCGUUAUUUCAUGUUGGAGAAUUCUCAGCGUCUCCUCUGUGCUUGCCUUUUCCUACAGGUGAAACCCCUUCUCUUGGGUUUACAGUGACAUUGGUUUUACUCAACUCAUUGGCUUUCUUGGUAAUGGUGAUAACCUACACUAAACUCUAUUGCACCUUGGAGAAAGAAGACCUCUCAGAGAAUGCAGAGUCCAGUAUGAUCAAGCAUGUUGCCUGGCUGAUCUUCACCAACUGUAUCUUCUUCUGCCCCGUUGCAUUUUUCUCCUUUGCCCCACUGAUCACUGCCAUCUCAAUCAGUCCAGAAAUCAUGAAGUCUGUAACCUUGAUAUUUUUUCCUUUGCCGGCGUGCCUCAAUCCAGUACUUUAUGUUUUCUUUAAUCCUAAAUUUAAGGAAGACUGGAAACUAUUGCGGUGGCACUUGACCAAGAAAAGUGGCUCAGCCGCAGUUGCCACGAACACUCAGAGAGGAUGCGUAACUCCAGACUAUUUCUAUGAUUUUGGAAUGUAUACGCAUUUUGAAGGCAACUUUGCUGUGUGUGACUACUGUGAGUCAUUUAUUUUAAAGAAUCCACCACCCUGUAAACACUUAAUAAAGUCGCACAGCUGUCCUACGCUGGCUGUUGUACCCUGCCAACGACCUGAGAACUAUUGGUCAGACUUCGGUACUCAGUCUGCUCACUCAGAUUGUGCAGAUGAGGAAGAUUCUUUUGUGUCGGACAGUUCAGAUCAGGUACAGGCCUGUGGUCGGGCCUGUUUUUAUCAGAGCCGAGGAUUUCCAUUAGUCCGAUAUGCUUAUAAUAUACCAAGAAUGAAAGACUGAAUCCAUCCUUCUGGACUUAUUCUGUUUGGAGUAUAAUACUUCUCAAGGAGCAGAAUCCAAGUGAGGACCUACCGCAAGGGAGCACUUUUAAAAGCUUGUCACUUACAAGAAGGGAAGUGGGCAAAAUAACUGAUACUCCUACUUAAAAUUCCUUGUUUCAGGGCAUGCUUUGGUUCUGCGCAGCCAAUAUUGCGCUCGGAAGUGCCCCGCUGUCUAGGAACACAAAGAAGAGUGGUUGCCCGGACUAGAAAUCAUUUGUAAACCAAAUUUUGUAGCUGAAAUGUUUUCUAAUCACUUUAAGGCAAUAUGUGGUUCAUUUAAAAGUAUCACAGUCCUCCUUUAUUUGCUUUAGCGCUUGUAUCCUUCUGGAAUUUUAAUAGCUUCUGUCAGUGAAAUGGGAAUUUUGUCAUUUCCUUGCAAAGCAACACAGUGACGCCAGCUGAUAACAUUAUCGAUCAGAAAAGAAUAUAACUAUUGUGCUUGUUGUAUUUUCAGGUACUCAGGUUAAUUUACUGCAGGGCAAACAAAAGGAGUAUAUUCUGUUAGUUGUGAAUCUGUGGUCAUAUGUACAGCAUGUCUCCAGGAAAAGCCAUUUUUAUUGUCUAAGAAUGGAAACAUACACAAGCAUUUCUUGGUCUGUACAUUACAGAAUAUAUCACACAAUGUUAAUUGUCCAAUACAACAUGCACAAUAUUCAGUAUUAUAUCCAACAUGGCUCUCUCUUAGCAAAGGCUUAGAAAACUGUUAAACAUGUGGUUUGGCUUGUUUUGCACACAGGAUCACUUUCACUAUCCUGAUGACAAGUGGUUAACCAGGUCUAGCCAGGCAUCAAGGUUUUUUUGUACUUGUCCGUUUUCACAUAUAAUAAUACUAAGCCAGUUGUAUAAUUAAGUCUAUAAUUUUUUUUAUUUUAUUUUUUAUGGAGAAGAAAUUUAGUAUGAUCACGUAAGUUCCAAAACCAUCAACAAUGUUUCAAGAGCAGAGAGAGCAAAACUUACUAUCCCCUAUGACAUACUAGUGGGGGAAAAACCAUAGACACAGUAAGUGUUAAAACAAGUCUGAAUCCCACCCUACUUAUAGUCCAAAGACUGUCUGUUUCUGUUGGAAGUUAAACAGCCAGUGUCUUGCAGGCUUCCCAGGCCAAUUAUGUUCCCAUAAUGGACUAUAUGUGCAAAGAGUGCAGCACGUAAUGUAUUUUAAAUUACAUUCAGACUUUAUUUGAAUAGGCACAAACCUUUG